AUGGAGAGGACAAACUCUAGGAGGCGUAAAGCUGGAGGUGUGAAACCAGAUGACCCUCAUGAUGCUGUCGCUUCAGCGCCCACAGUGUCGACGAAUACAGCCAAGGAGCGAUCUCCGACGACUCUCGAGGCACCGUCUCGGGAGUUCAAGACGGCUAGAUUAUUCUCUGGCCUGUUGCUCUUUCUUCUCGUGUCGGCAUUACUUCUCGAUCAACUAGGCGGCGGUUCAUGGUUGCUUAAAAGAAUCCAAAAUCCGCUCCGGGAGCAUGGCAUGCAGCACCAAACACAGACCGCUGGCGAUAUCGCAACAAAACUUCACCCCGAUGCCCAUAUUGGCCGCCCACCAACAACGCUGACCUUCGAUUGGGAGGUCACCAAGAGUUACCGAUACCCAGACGGCGUUCGCAAAGAAGUAUAUCUCAUCAACGGCCAAUUUCCAGGCGAGACAAUUGAGGCUCGCUCAGGCGAUCGAAUCAUGGUCAAUGUCAGCAAUCUUCUGAGGGAUGAGGGUCUGGCCAUCCAUUGGCAUGGCUUGAGAAUGGAGGGUGCAAACGACAUGGACGGCGCUGUGGGCUUGACCCAGGACCCAAUCCCAAGUGGGGCGAGCUACUUGUACAAUUACACCAUUGGGGAGGAAGAAUUCGGCACCUUCUGGUACCAUGGCCACGAAAAGACACAGCGGGACGACGGUCUGUAUGGCGGUCUUGUGAUCCAUCGACCACUCACUCAGCUUAGCGAGAAAGACACAUAUCAUUAUGACGAAGAAAUUCUGCUGCUGGUAGGUGAUUGGUAUCAUCGGCCAAGCACUGAAGUACUCCGGUGGUACAUGAACUCUCGAUCCUUUGGGAAUGAGCCAGUGCCCGACUCUCUGGUCAUUAACGGCAAGGGACGUUUUUCUUGUGACAUGGCGGUGCCUGCAAGGCCUUUGGACUGCAUCCCGUCGAACGAAAGGGGCGAUCUCCCUGUCCUACACAUUGAAAACGACAAGCGCUAUCGCCUUCGCCUGGUCAAUACGGGCUCCUUGACUGGUUUCUCGAUGAGGAUGGAUAACGCCAGCUUCUCCCCUUUUCAGGUCGACGGCGGUCACGACAUCACGAUGACCGAGGUUCAAGGCAUGGGGAUCCUCUACCCUGGAGAGAGAGUGGAUGUAAUCCUGCAGACAGGGGUAUCCGACAGUCACCGUUAUCUUGAAAUCGAAAUGGACGAUGAGAACUUCAAGUACCCAAACCCGGCCCUCGAUCCACUACAGAAGUUUCCUGUCGAGACAGAGUCCGAGUCUACUCAACAGAGACAAGUCCUUCAACCAGAGCUCCAGUACUACAACCUCCAGGCCGCCCUGCCGAGCCACAGCCUUCCCAUUGCGUGGGCAGAUGAGUCGUUGAAGUUUGUCAUUUACACGACGACACUCAAAUUGGCAAGGCACCACAACAUCCCGAUGGGAUUUAUCAAUCACACCAGUUGGUCGCCCCAAUCGCCACCUUUGCUUUCCCUGGCUCGAGAACGAUAUGAUUCGAACCAACUUUCGCCUCACAUCCCAUUAGCCAAGGACGGUGCUGCCGGCUGGGUGGAAAUCGUCAUCAACAAUCUUGACGAUGGUGGCCAUCCAUUCCAUCUGCAUGGCUACUCCUUCUACGUCGUCUCCGUGUUCCCUCCUCCAAUUCCAUGGAGCAGUGAUAAGCCGCCAUUCACCGCAGGAGGCACUGGUAUGUACAAUUAUGAUCCGUUCAGCAGCCUGCCGUCAGAGUCACCUGCUGGUCUGUACAAUUUGGAGAACCCAGUGAUGAAGGACACGGUCUUCGUUCCCCAAAGAGGCUACGUCGUAAUCAGGUUCCGAGCCGACAACAAGGGUACCUGGAUGAUGCAUUGUCAUGUCGGAUGGCACUUGGGGAGUGGGAUGGCUAUGAGCUGGGAGAUUAGUUGAUAUGCCCGGUGCUUAGCCUUGUCUCGGCCAGCUCAACGACAUGCAAGACGCAUCUCUAGUCGGUUUCGGCAUCGACCAUUAAGUCGACCUCGACCUCCUUGAUUCCACUCCUACGCAGGAAAUACCCUGACGAUGCACCGGCACAUACUUAACGCAGGCAAGGACGCGCACGCUGGAUGUAUUCCCCCAUUGGUUAUCAUCUGAAAGGAUUCGAGUCGGCUUCCUGUUGCUGCAAACCGGCCGGAUGAAGCUUGCUGCGUCGAUGUCCGCUUGGUUGGACAAGCGAAUGAAGCUCGGCGCCGCCACAACGUGUUUGCAAAUCUGGCAAUUUAGACACCAGCGAAUCUGCAUAUCUUGCCUAGAGCCAAUUCUGGUUCCACGACAAUUUUCCCUAUCGUCACAUUGUGCGCUUUCCACCUCAAUCCAGCU